GCCACCGCCGCUGCCGUGGGAACCGCGCAGCUCCAUCUCGGCUCCCCCCUCCCCUUCCUCUGGUGGUUGGGUGGCCUGCGCCAAGCGGUUCGGGUCUGCAGCCCCAACUGGUGCUGCAGCCCCGGAGGCAUCCCUUUUCUCCCCGCAGCUCCUCGGGGACCAGAAGGAAGCAGCCUCAGCUGCCAUCGGCGGAGGACAGUCCGCAGGCCACCAGACAGAACGAGGCCCUUGGAGAGGAAUUCCAACUUGAUUUCUGUGCGCCUGACUGCGGAGCUGGCCACAGGUUGCAGAGGUUGGAAGUGAAAUCAGGACAUUCUAUUUCCUGAGCUCUUGCUCUGCAGGAUCGCAGCAGAAAGACAUCUGCAGAUUAGGCUUUUUCCAGAAAGCCCAAGCUUCUCCUUGCAUCUAAGUUUCCCCUCCCUCAAUCGCGUUUGUCAGCCAUGGCAAGCCUCAUGGCACGCGUGGGUAGCAGCCGUCGGCAGAACGCGCCCCUGCCGCCCUGGGCCCAUGCCAUGCUAAGGUCCCUGGGGAGGAGCCUUGGCCCUUUAAUCGCCAACGUGGCCGAGAGAAACAUGAAAUUGUUCUCGGGGAGGGUGGUGCCUGCCCAGGGGGAAGAGACCUUCGAAAACUGGCUGAUCCAAGUAAACGGGGUCCUGCCCGACUGGAACAUGCCAGAGGAGGAGAAGCUCAGACGUUUGAUGAGUACCCUCCGGGGUCCAGCCCGCGAGGUUAUGCGCUUGCUGCAGGCGGCCAACCCCGACCUGAGUGUGGCCGAUUUCCUGCGAGGGAUGAAACUGGUAUUUGGGGAGUCUGAGAGUAGCAUCACCACCCAUGGGCGUUUCUUUAACACCCUGCAGGCCCAAGGGGAGAAAGCCUCCCUCUAUGUGAUCCGUUUAGAGGUGCAGCUGCAGAAUGCGAUCCAGGCAGGGGUCAUAGCUCAGAAAGAUGCCAACCAGACCCGCCUGCACCAGCUCCUGCUUGGGGCUGAGCUGAGUAGGGACCUGCGCUUCCGCCUGAAGCACCUGCUCAGGAUGCAUGCCCGCGAGCAGGAGCGCCUGCCCGGGUUCCUGGAGGUGAUCAGGAUGAUCCGGGAGGAGGAGGAUUGGGAUGACACUAUGACUAAGCGCAAGAGGGCCAAGAGGGCUGAGGCACAGGUAGAAAGGGCAGCCAGCCCCGUGGCCUUUGAGGGCACCCCUCCAGCUGUGAUCGGCAGCACCGACUGCCACGUUAUCGAGAUUGACGACACCCUGGAUGAGGACUCGGAUGAGGACGUCAUCCUGGUGGAGUCUCAGGAACCCCCGUUGGUUCUCUCGGGCUCUCCACCCCCAGUGCGGGCUCCCAGACCCCAGGCUCAUGCGCAAAUCUUUGAUAACCCAGGCACCUCCAUGGGCCCCUCUCCUUCCACCAGUCGGGGCACCGGGUAUAAGAACGAUGCCCCCGUGGAGGUGCGCAGAGCCCGGAAGCGGAAAUACAUAAUCCGCUGUGCCUAUUGUGGCGAGGAGGGUCACUCCAAGGAGACCUGCGACAAUGAGGGUGACAAGACCCAGGUGUUUGAGAACCUGAUCAUCACCCUGCAGGAUCUCACCCACACUGAGGAGGAGGGCUGCAGAGAUGACCCCGAUGAGCUUGAUGACUGAGUCACAGUGAGGUGCUACCCAUCCCCCAGCUUUAAAUGAGCCCCAAUCUCUGUUUAAUCCAGCAAUGGGCAAACUGGGGGAGGUCCUCUGAGAAUUGCAUGAUUUAAUCCCCAAAGCGGCUUUUCUGGGGAGGGUGGGAGGGAGGGAAAUGGAGGAGAAAGGGUCUCUGAUACCAGCACAGUGGUGAGAAGUGGAGUUGCUCCUGUCCUCACUCCCCAACUUGUCCUGCCAAUUCAAUGCUUCUGUUUCCCGUGCGCGUCCAGUUGUUUCCUCAGUAGCUUUACUCUCUGCGUGACCGUGGUUCCAUCCAUUGUGAAAUCUUGCAGCAACCCAGAAGACAAGAAGUACCAACUGCCCUAUAAGCUCUCCACCCUUCUAUACCCUGUGUCCACCCCCUUGAUGGCCGUUCCUUCUAGAUAUUUCCCUCUUCCUCUGUAUCCCUAUAAUAGGUCGAUGUGACAAGUGAUCCAAUAAAAGUGCUGUUCUAUAGUCUGUAUUUUUUCACCAAACAGUGUACCUUGUGGGCUUCUUUCUAUGUCAAUAAAUAUAUACUAGCAUCUA